AUGUUUUCAAGCGUUCAAGGAUCUUUAUGGGCUCAGCCUGUGGCUCCCAGUGUUCUCAGUCCUGUGUCUCUGUCCACAGCUAUGUUCCAGGUGAUUGGUCCCUCCAAGCCCAUAGUGGCAGUGUUGGGUGGUGAUGCCAUUCUGCCCUGCUCCCUGUGGCCACCCAUGAAUGCAGAAGACAUGGAACUGCGGUGGGUCCGUUCCACAUUCACAAAAGCAGUGCUCGUCUAUCAGAAUGGUCAGGAGCUGGACAAGGAGCAGCUGCCCCAGUAUGCAGGGCGGACCUCACUGGUGAGGGAUUUCCUCUCUCGGGGUCAGGCUGCUGUGUACAUCCAGAACAUACAGGUUUCAGACAAUGGCAAGUACACUUGCCUCUUCAAGCAAGGAAUACUAUCUGAUGAAGCCAUUUUAGAACUGCAGGUGGCAGGACUGGGCUCUGCCCCACAAGUGCACAUUGAAGGGCCAGAGAAGGAUGGAGUUCAUGUGGUGUGCAAGGCCUCAGGGUGGUUCCCCGAGCCCCAGGUGCAGUGGAGAGACGCCCGUGGAGAGAAGUUCCUGGAGUUCUCUGAGGCCCACACCCAAGACGCCGCAGGUCUGUUCAGCGUGGAGGCUGCUCUGGUGGUGAGAGACAGCUCUGCAGAGGAUGUGACCUGCUCCAUCCUCAAUCCCAUCCUGGGCCAGGAGAAGGUCAUGACCAUUCCCAUCCCAGCCUGGAGGAAGGCGCAGCUGUAUGCUGAUUGGCGGAAAGAAGAGUUCCAGGCCUUGUCUGCAACUCUGGAUUCAAGUUCUGUCAUACACAACAACGUUCUUAUUUCUCCUGAAAGGACUUCUGUGACCUUUAGGGACAAAAAUUUUUGUGAUUUCAACCAUUCCUGGAAGUAUACUGCUGUGCGUGGUCUAGAGCGCAUCACUUCAGGAAGAUGCUACUGGGAGGUGGAGAUCAAGGGUGACAUGAGAAACGAGUGGGGUCUGGGGGUUUAUCAGAUGAAUCAGAAAAGGGAAUCUGAGGAUGAGGGUUUGGAUUCUCCCUUUGUGUCAACACGGUAA